AUCCCCCUGCUCCUCCUCACAUCAAACAGGAUCUCUGCUCCUGAAGCCGCGCUGCCUCCCUAGAGACUGGACCCGUCUCUCAACCGCUUCUUUGUUCAGAACUAGGGAGAGUCUUCUCUCCCUCCCUCCUUUGCCGCCAUCUCGUUUCAACACCCGUUUGAUCGCUCUGGCGAAACUCAAGAAAACCUGGUUUCUAGCGAAGGAGCAUUUUUCCCAAACAUGUGGCAGCCACCACCAUCGAUGAUGAACCCUUACUUCAUGCACCCUGCCUUCAUUCCGUACCCGUAUGUAUACCCAGUCUAUAUGCCCCCAAUGCCACCACAACCACCACCUCCGCAAGUGCCGCAGUUGACCAAGAAGCAGCUGAAAGCAGAGAAAAGGAAGAAGAGGAGAUUAGCCAAAGCUGAGGGCUGCCCUCGAAAACCCGCGACCUCCUUUGUAAUGUUCUCCAAUGCUCACAGAGAGGAAGUGAAGAAGGCAAACCCCACGUUGCCCAUGAUAGACAUCGCGCGGAAGCUCGGCGAGAUGUGGAGAGAGCUGGAUCCCAUGAUACGCAAAGAGUGGGAAGACAGGGCAACGUCAGCAAAGGACGAGUACCUCGAGGCGAAGAAAGUAUGGCUGGAACAACGGUCGUCCAACAUUAAUGGACUUUACAAGGAUGAGUAGUUUAAACGACUUUUCCCGAUAACGUAGGAUUGUCUAUCUCACUACAGCAGGAAAGCAACUUAAAUGUUUUUGCCGGCGAUAAUGAUGGCAACCAGUUAAAAAUACUUCAAUUUUGAAUAGUGUGAAUGAAUGCUUUGAAUACUUA